AUGGCUCAACAUCUAAUCCCCGACAUCGACGAGACCUUGCCCGUUCACGACCCCGAAGCCCUGGACUACCAGGCCUUGUCGCUCGUCAUGGGCCGCGCCUUCAGUCGCUUGGGCCACUGGUACGCGCACCUCAUCUACACCUACGACUACCAGGUGAACAUCCUUCGGACCAAUUGGUCGGAUCCAGGGCUGCGCCACACCGUCCUCGACCUAGUGACGCGCUCGCGAAACCACGGCCUUGAGGUGCUCCAUGGGGACAUCCAGGACUGGGCGGCGGUCUUGUAUCGGAUGGAGCGUGCGCUCGCCGGCAUCUUGACGGAGCUCCUCCUGAACCACGUUACCGAUGACGAGCGCGAGGAUCCGCUCAUGGCCCGGUUCCGUGAGGUGUUCACCACUGGGAACGUCACGGCAGGCACCUCCUUUGCCACCUCCUCCACCUUUUCGGUCGAUAUGGAGAUUCUGCACCAGUUGGAGGCCAUCGGUGAACAGGAACGCGCUCGACAUUCUCGCCGGGCUCGCGCGACGAACCUGAUGAUGUGCAUUGCGCUCGCCAAGCCUAUCCAGAUUCUGCGCAUGAUGAUUCCCCACCCGGCCAAGACCAUGAUGGAGCUCUGGAGCAAUCCGUUCGAGUAUCCGGCGUGGCAGGACCACUGGCCCUGGGGUGGGGAUAGUUUCUUUCCCCCCAGGGACCCGGUGCCACCCCCCACGGAGGCGGAUGCCGCCCCCGUAGCCAGCCAGCGAGCAAUUGGACCGGAUGACAUAUGUCCCAUCUGUCGGGGCGAGUUCCAACCCAAGGACGAGGAGGCGGCGUUGCCUGUCGUCUGGUGCGCGCGCUGCGGGAAUAACUUCCACGGCGCCUGUCUGUCGACCUGGCUGGACAGCGCGGGCUCGUGUCCAAUGUGCUCCUGCUUGUGGCAGACGGGGCGGACUGGGUAG